CCUAAUCACCACAGCUUCUUUUGCCCCUCAUCACUACCCCCAGGCUCUAAGCAUCUCCUUUCCCCUCUGUGGCUCUCUCUCGCUCCUUUUCACUUGCCACUUUGCUCAAAUCCACCAUCCCUUCCCCACACUCUCUUUCUCUUUCUCAGUGACUGUACCACUGUCCAGACUUUGCCCAUCUCUCUCCUCAUCUCCUUUCCUCUCCCUCCCUCUCUCUUUCUACUACCUUCUUUCCUCUUCUUUGAUCACCGGCCGGACCACCGCUGAUAUAACUACUUCCUACCCCUCCAUGGCCUCCGCUUGAUUCAACAAGUAUAUGAUCGCCUGAUCCCAAGAAGCAAGAAGUCGUGGAUUGGCUAGGAGCUUGAUUCCGUCCUCCAUUUUGAUCGUUGAGGUAGCUGCAAGGCUGUGACUUUCCAUUGCUUGAGAUCCUCCAAUGCUGCAAAGGAACCUGCCGAAUCUCUCCCUCGGGAUAAGCCCACCAGCCGCCUCGUCAGCCGCUGCUUGUGACGCGCUGGCGGUGGCGAGGCCUCCGUUGGCAGAGCCAAGCACGGCCCCGCACGCUGAAGGAAGCGGCGAGGUAGGGUUCUUCGCAAACCCUAGCCCCGUCGCGGAGCCCCCGGGCCUCAGCCUGGGGCUCGGCACGCCAGCGGCGCGCGGCGGCGACGCGGCCGGACGCCGAGGCCACCUCGAGCCGCAGGGAUGCGCGUUCAAGCGCGCUGCCACCAGGGCGUCCCUGCCAGGCGGAUCGACGAAGCGGAGCGCCCGGGCGCCGCGGAUGCGCUGGACCACCGCGCUCCACGCGCGCUUCGUGCACGCCGUGGAGCUCCUCGGCGGCCAUGAGAGAGCGACUCCGAAGUCGGUGCUGGAGCUGAUGAACGUCAAGGAUCUGACGCUGGCGCAUGUCAAGAGCCACCUUCAGAUGUAUAGGACGGUGAAGAGCACAGACAGAUCGUUACACAUCGCCACAGGCGAAGCGUUGCCGCUGCAGAGGACGACGGCGACAGGGAUGGAAGCGGCGGCGGCCGCGGCAGCAGCAGGAGGUGGUGCUGCUGCUGGGGGUGGGGUGGUAGUGGUACCGGUGCCAGCAGCAUGUGACGACAUGGUUGGGAUCUGCAGCUCUCCUUCGGCGGGCUCUGCGCCGCCUGCUGCGGCGACUACUUCCGCUGCUCACUUCCUCUGUGCGCCACCAGCAACUGCUCCACUCGCGGCAGCACCGCCACCUCCUCCACCCAUUCCCCCGAGGACUGACCACGCACCAGGAGUGCUGGGGAAAGGUGCUGCAAUUGUUGACUCGGCUCACCGGUGUCAGAAACACAAUUUCUCACCACCAGCGCUUCAAGAUACCCAGGCAGCUCAAGAAGAGGUAAAUCGUCACCUUGCUAUGGGACUGCACGCAAGAUCUGAAGCGGUGGCUACAAACUGCUCGAGCCCAGCGAGCUCUUCUUCUCCGUCCCUUGCAAGCGUGGAGCUGCUGGCAGACGACAUGUACGCGCCGAACCUGGAGAUCUCCCUCGGGAGGCAGGACUGGAGCAUGGAGCGCCCGGAAGAACUUAGCCUAAAAUACCUGUGACAAAAAGGAACGUACGUAAUCAAAUUCUUUCUGGUUUCGCUCAGCUAACCGUGUUGAUGGAUCAAAGUGAAUGAAGAAAUCCCAUGGAUUUUAUAGUUGGCAUGGAGGAACGAAAUCUAUAAAGUUUCGAGAGUGCUUUAAUCGA